GGUUCGCUAAAUCGCUCCCAGGAGCCGCGGCUGCCGGCAGCCAUGGGCCCGGCCGCGCGCCUGCUGUGUCUGCUGCUGGUGCCCGGCCUGAGCGCGGGGCAGAGCCUGGGCUCCGGCCGCCGCCCCCCGCCGCAGAGCGGCCCGAAGGGGUGGGCGCGCGGGGGCGGGCGCCGGCUGCUGUCCCUGGAGCUGCUGGAGGAGGCCGAGGACCUGUCGCUGGCCCUGCUAGAGACGGGGCUCCCCGGGCAGCUGCCGCCCGAGUGCCGGGAGCUCCUGGUGGGCUUCGCCAACAGCAGCGUGCGGCUCGCCGGCUGCCUGGUGCGGAGCGCCCGGCCCGUGCGCCUCUGCCGGAGCUGCUACCGCCACUUCCAGAGCGUCACGGAGCAGCUGGAGAACAUCACCCGGGCCGUGGGGAAUUCUUCGGAGAGCAACUGUGCAAAAAGCCUCUUGAUGUCUGAUAGGGUUCAACUAGUUGUGAUCCUUUCGCAGUUCUUUAACAGUACUUGGGAGAAGGCCAACUGUGCAAAUUGUUUGAAGAACAACAGUGAAGGGCUAUCAAAUAGUACAGCAGAGUUCCUGGACUUAUUCAAUACAACACUGAUGUGCUUCGAACAUAACUUCCAGGGGCAAUCCAUCAGUCUUGUAUCAAGCAACCACACAGAAGUAUGCAGAAACUGCAAUGGAACUUACAGAAACCUGAAUACCAUGUAUAACAAAAUGCAAAAAAUGACUGGACUGGGCAGCCACUCAGAACACAGAACACACUUGUGUAUUGAUGUGGAAGAUGCAAUGAACAUUACACGAAGGCUUUGGAGUAGAACUUUCAACUGUUCUGUCCCAUGCAGUGAUACGGUCCCAGUGAUUGCAGUUUCUUCAUUCAUUCUCUUUUUACCAGUCAUUUUUUACCUUAGUAGCUUCCUUCACUCAAAGCAGAAGAAACGUAUACUCAUUCUGCCCAAGCGUAUCCAAUCAAAUGCCAGUCUUGUGAACAUCCAAGAAAAGUACAGCUGAGCUGCAACACAAAACCAGAAAACCACAACUGGGUAUAUAUUGGGUACAAUUGUGGUGGAAGGAGGACCGCACAAAAGAGGAGUUAAUUACGGUUUAGUGUUGCUCUGUAUCAUUAUACAAGUUAAACAAAAUGCUGUCUGACUCCUAAACGGGUAUAUUAACAAACUUGACAAGGCAGGGCUAUGAGACGCAGUAUGGACUUCUGAUUUGAAAAAUAAGUUAAUUCUUUCCAGACUAGUGCUGAAGCUGGUUAUUUUCUGAUUCUUUGAUUGCAGGUUUUUGUACCUUUUAUCAACAGAAUAUGUACUUCUCCUGUAUGUUUUUUCCUUUAUAUUUAAUUUUCUAUAUUGACUCCAUAAAAAUCUAGUAUGACAGUUGUGUUUAUUUCCAGGCAUGUUAGUACAGUCUGAGAUGUGAUCAUCUUUCCGAUGUGGUUCUUAUGAACUAGCAAAGCUUAAUAUAAUUUGUUUUGGUUUAAUUCAGUAUCAGAAUUAGAACAUUUCAAAGUAAAAAUGCCAUCUUACCACCUUUGGGUAGACUUGUACUACAGGUUUCAAAAACUAGCCCCCUUACAUAGCAUCUCUUGAUAGACACAGUCAUGCUGCUUAGUUCAUUUUAGUGGUGUCUUUAUUAUUUAAAAAAAAAAAAAGUGAGAGAUGCAAGGAAAAUGAUAAAUUUCUGGCAAUGAAUACAGCAGAUCUGCCAGUGCUAGACAUUAAUAGUAAUUUCAGGAAACGUACCAUAUUAGCACAUAUUUGGGCACUUGCAUGCUUAAACCACUAAGUCAUUGCUUUUCGAAUGGUUAGAGGCUUAUUUUUAGGUAUGAUGCAUAUCUGUAUGUGAGGCCAGAUGUCUUUGUGUUUGUCCCUUACUUCACUUAUGUGUUUAAUUUCUUUUAUAUAUAAAAAAUAUUUUAAAAUGGUAACCUGAGGUAAAAGUCACUGGAGAUGCUGAAUUGUGCUUGGAUUAGAACUUCCUCUGGUUUAAGAUACAAAUGGGCUUACAUGAAAAAGAUAUAUUUUAGUAGUGACUAGGGCACAGGUGUUCUAUAACUUCAGAACUGGCAUAAAGUGAAUGUGCUGUGCCUGGAUCUUUGACUUACUCUAUCCAAAUUUGCAAUCGGUACGUCCUAGAAAUUUACUGGAGAUGAGGUCCAUUUAGUAGAUUAAAAUAAAAACUCAACCUCUGUAGGAAGUUGUAGAGCUGAAGCAAAAGGUCACAGCAUUGUUAUUAAAGUUGAUGGGACUGUCGAAAGGACACCAUUCUAAAGAUGUGUUAAUACAGGAUAUCCAGGCUGAUAAAUCCUAGGCUUAUAUUUUUCUGAAUUUUCUACUACAGUAAAAUGAAAAAUUUCAGUGUGGUUGUAAUGAGGUUGGAGGCUUCACUCUGAUAUUAAACCCAUCCCAUACUACAACUUUAAGACUAAAGGGACACAUCAACUGGGAAAUCACAUUUCUUUUUGAAAAUGUUAUGCCUAUGAUUAUUCAACAACUGAUAAGUUAGCAAUUUGUUUCUUUAAUUUAGCUUGUCUUUUGACAGCACUUUUGUGUUUAGUUAGUUUCACUGUUUUGCCUCCAUAGCCAAUUAAUCACUUUUUUCCCUUGCCCAAACAAACAUCAGCAGGGGAGCAAAAUAAUCUUAAAGCACUUUAAAUUGUGUGUGUGGUUUUUUUUUUUUUUUUUUAUUUUAAAUUAAGGCAUACUGUCAGUUUAAAAAGAGAACCAAGUUGAUAGUGUCUCAAUAUUAAGUAACAUAAUGUGUUAACAUUUGGAUAUCCAUACAACUGCUUCCUGGUAUUUUGUGAGUAGGAAGUAUCUCCCUCUAUUAAUCACAUGAAUCGCCUUGAAUGAUUGGUUUGGUUUGUGUUGAAAGCCUAAAUAGGGUUGGAUUUCCUGUCUGAGGAAAUAUAUUUUUGACACUUUGGUCUGCUAUAGAUAAGGUGUCAAAAUAGUAGAAGAAUAUAUUUAUGUUGCUUAUCAGAUGAAGUUAUCUUCAUAGGGCAGAGGGGAAAAUUGCCUUUGUUUUAAAUGGCUAUUUUUACAUCUGUUGUGCUCAAAUUUCAGCUUACUGGGCCUUAUUCAACUGCUGUCCUAAUAGCAUUCCUUUGAUUUUGAGGCAGCAUAUGAUUGCUUUGAACAGCCCUCAGUCUUCCAUUCAUGCAGAUAAAACCAGUUUGUAUGUGCAGAGUUAUAGAAUGAUAGCUUUCAUACCGUAAGCAGUGGCUUUUUGAGCACAUUCAAAUUAAGUAGGUCUGAAAGUCAUUACACUUGGAUAUGGUGGUUAAGCACUUUAUAAAAAAAAAAAAGCAGCUUUUGUUUUUUCCUGGCUGCUAAGCCAAAUGAAAGUACUCGUGAUUUUUUUUUUUCAAGCAGCAGCAAAGUUUACACUCUAGAAAUAAUUUAUAUCCUACGUCUUCUCAAAUGUCAGUUUUUCCUUUUUGUUCCCUUGUAAUGCUAGCUUUCCUUACAUGUUUUUAAGAGUACAGUAUUUUUCAUAUAAAAUGCAUUGGGUCUUGUUCAUAUUCUGAUGUUUAUGUAAAUGCUUACAGCCUCCUGUCCCUAAAGGAAAUGGUGGUGGUGCAGAAAACAUGCAGAAAAAAUCUUAACUUUAUUUGGCUGGUAAUUUUUAACCUUCAUUUGCCAUUUUUAUGACUGUAUAAGAUAUACUUAAAAUCUUUCUUUGAAAUACCAGUUUGUAUUUUUGGUACAAGUGAAUGUUUUUAUUCUUGGGUAGCAUUAUCUAUUUUUGGAUUAGAAAACCUGUAUACACUGAAAAUGAACAAAUAUUGUAUUGAAUAAAUGUGUAUAGAAUUGA